AUGGCGCCUGCAUCUGCUCUUCAUCGUCACCAAUCAUCUCUCGAAAGCAUCAUUGAUUUCUCUGCACAGCCUCCCUUAGGACCUGGUCUACGCCUCUCAGCCAGCCGUCGAUUCUACCAGAUAGUCAAUCAUUUCGAUGCUUCUGGCAGCGGCAACAACGGUGAAUACGACCGUAUAAAACUUGUCCGCCUCACCUACGAAUAUGCGCGAUCUGAAGAAUCCAAGGGCAAGUUCCUGAGUGCGUUCUUCCAGUCGGCGGCUCUUCCCAUGGAUGGGGAGGAGGCCAUCGAUUUGGGCGAUGCAGACCUGGAGGCCGAGCUCCGCACUUCCCUGUUCAACUUCGCCGAGUAUCUGUUUGACAAUUUCUUUUUGCCAUUGAAGGCUUCUACUAAGAAGACUCCCCAACCUUCGCCUGCAACCCAUUCCGCAGUCCAAAGAACCCAGUCAGAAGGGCAAAAUUUUGCCGGAACGCCAGAACGGGUGUCAGCUCUCCGCGGUGCCUGUCUGGUCCGCGAUCGCCAUCGUUGCGUCAUAUCGCGCCGGUUUGACCAGAACGAGGCAUUUAAACGCAUGAGCAGAUAUGGUGAUGAGGCUCGGGACGACGAUGGAAUCUCUCUUGCAGGGGAAGCUUUUGACGCUCUCGAGGUGGCACAUAUCCUGCCACAUUCACUUACACAGGUCAACGCAAGCUUACAAUUAGACCCUUCCAAGGAAGCUGCACUAGCGAUUCUCAAUAUGUUCGACAGCGGUGCUGCAUUCCUAGUUGAAGGCACCGAUAUUGAUCGACCUCGCAAUGCCAUGACCCUAACACAUAGCCUACAUAUGUGGUUCGGCGACUUCCGAAUCUUUUUCGAGUCCAUUGACCAGCAAGCACAUACCUAUCGAAUCAACACCUUCCUCCCACCGGGGCUCUUGGGGGGCCUCCUCCCUGUCACUCGAACACUCCAUCUCACAGAAACCCGAAGUAUAGACCCUCCUUCGCCUCGCCUACUCGCCAUCCACAGUGCGAUUGCCCAUAUUCUGCACCUCUCUGCAGCAGGGGACUACAUCGAUAAAAUGCUGCAAGAUAUGGAGGAAAAUGGCGUUCGGGAGGAUGGUUCUACUGAGCUGGAUCGUUUGGUAAAGCUUCGACUGAAUGGAUGGUCAGUCAGCGAAGUCAGUGGCUAG